AAAAAAAAUGUAAUUCUACUUUUGACCGAUAGAGGCGCACCGUGCCCAAACAAUAGCGGGCACGGGCCGCUUUGCAACAGAGAGAAAGAGUCGGGAGCCAUGGCAACGAGCAGCGGCAUCAAGAGAAAACUUGACCGAGAAAAUCGCAUUUUUCAGAGAAAAUGGGAAGAAGAGUACCUUUUCACCGAAUUCAAAGGAAAGCCAAUGUGUCUAGUUUGCUUGGAGACAUUAUCAGCCCUGAAAGAUUAUAAUUUAGGCCGACAUUACAACACCUUGCAUAAAGUUAAAUUUGAGAAAUACACUGGAGCUGCCAGAACCGCUGUAGUAGCUGACCUCAAAGCAAAAGUAUGUAAACAGCAGCACUUUUUCACAAAAGCUACGACGUGUCAGGAGUCAGCCAUCACAGCGUCUUAUGAUGUGGCACUCGAACUUGCCAGGGCAAAGAAGCCACUGUCGGAUGGAGAAGUUGUUAAGAGGUGCGCGGUGAAAAUGGCCAAAGCAUUUGGUGACAACAACAUAGCUAAAAAUUUUGAAGCUGUGUCCUUGUCCCGACGCACAGUAACACGCAGGAUUUUUGACAUCCACGAUCACGUCGAUGUAAAAAUGAAACAAGUCAUGCAGGACUGCAAAUACUUCUCAUUAGCUUUGGAUGAGAGUACAGAUGUGACAGAUGUCAGCCAACUGCUGGUUUUUGCGAGAACGAUUGACAAUUCAUUUUAUGUACAUGAGGAGUUACUGAAAUUUGCAUCUCUGCACGACACUACUAAAGGCAGCGAUAUAUUCAACGCCGUUACCGGUGCUGUGGGUGAAUACGGUGGCUUUGAAAAGCUGUCAGCUGUUGUUACGGAUGGCGCACCUGCGAUGCAGGGAAGACACCGAGGUUUCGCCGGGCUACUCAGGCAGAGCGGAGUAAACUGCCCUAUACUGCACUGCAUCAUCCAUCAGGAAGCCCUCUGCGCAAAGACGUUAAACUUUGGCCACGUCAUGGAUUUGGUGACAAAAGUCACUAAUAUCAUCAGAGGAGGGAACAGAUCGCUAUGUCACCGGAGGUUCAUCACCUUUCUGGAUGAAGUGGAUGCCGAGUAUGGGGACUUACAACUUCAUACGGAUAUCAGGUGGAUGAGUCGAGGAAAGUGUCUGGAGCGUUUUUUUGCACUGCGCUCGGAAAUACCAGCGUUCUUGGAGAACAGCAUUAGUGGCGAUGCAAGUGCAUACUGCGGAAAGCUAAAAGAUACAAAGUUUCUUUGUGACAUGGCCUUUCUGACAGACAUCAGCGCGCACCUCAAUCACCUCAACACACUCUUACAGGGGAGAGAUCAAACAGUGUGUGAUCUCUUUUCUCACAUGACCGCAUUUCAGCGCAAGCUCGGGCUCUUUAUUGAUAGCUUUUCUUCCCCUCCUGCAAAUCUGGCACAUUUUCCCGCAUGCGCUGAGAUUCGCAAAGAGAGCCCCCAGUGUGAAAAACAAAUCCAGAAAUACAGAGCAGACCUUGAAAAAUUACAGGAGCAAUUCAACAAUCGUUUCCAAGAUUUUCACGAGAUGCAACCACGAAUUGCGCUAUUCACAGACCCCCUUUCUGCUGCGGUUAGCGCACAACCAUCGGAGCUGCAGCUCGAACUCUGCGAGCUGCAGGCAGACCCGUUUUUUCAAGCAAAGCGCAACGAGAGGGGGAUUUCAUUUUGGAGACUUCUUCCUGAGGCCCGUUUUCCACGUCUCCGAGAUUUUGCCCUUUCAAUGGCCAGUAUGUUUGGGAGCACUUACAUUUGCGAGAGCAGUUUUUCCACCAUGAAGCACAUAAAAUCCAAAGAGAGAAACAGACUCACCGAUGAAACACUGUUUCAUUUGAUGCGCAUUGGGACCACAAAAAUUGACAUUGACAUCCAAUCCAUUGUGAGCCAGCAGGCCAAACCACAGGUCUCUCAUUAGCCUUUAUUAAUGUUGGGCCUCUGUGGUCUAGUUUUUUACUAUUAUUGAAUGUGAGCUAUUUGCAAUCAGUUUUUUUUUUUACUUUUUUGUUCUUUGUUAUAAAUGAGUUCAGUUUUGCACUUUUUUAAAGCAAAUGUUUUGUCUUUGUUUCUUAUAGACAUGUUAAAAUGUAUUUAUUUUAUACACACACUAUUUGUAGUCAGUUUUUCAAGCUAAUUUUUUUGUUCUUUGCUAUAAAUGAGUUCAGUUUUGCACUUUUUUAAAGCAAAUGUUUUGUCUUUGUUUCUUAUAGACAUAUUAAAAUGUAUUUAUUUUAUAGACACACUAUUUGUAAUCAGUUUUUCAAGCAAACUUUUUUGUUCUUUGUUAUAAAUGAGUUCAGUUUUGCACUUUUUUAAAGCAAAUGUUUUGUCUUUGUUUCUUAUAGACAUGUUAAAAUGUAUUUAUUUUAUACAUACACUAUUUGUAAUCAGUUUUUUAAGCAAA